AUGUCUCUCCUAAUUACUAUUCUUACGGCAAGCUUGAACAACACUCGCAUUUGUAACACAACCAAGUGUAUUAGUGUCAACUUGCCCGACGUUAACUCUACGAUGGCCGCAGCGGCUCAAACCGUGUUUGGGUUAUGCCUAGUGCUGUGUUUACUGCUCGUACGGGGAGAAAUCUCCAAUGGAACGGAACCAUUUCAAAGCAUAAAAAGUAACCUAAUGCUUCAGGUAUUGAAGAGGCUCGACGAGAUUGAUCAGCGGAUAAGCCACCUCGAACGCAGAAUGCAAAACAAUCAUCACAUUGCCACGUCGGUUUUCAUUGAAAAGCUGGAGAAAAUAAGUGAUAAGCUCGAGAGCAUCAAUAAAACGUUGCGUCAAAACGUGGGUACGUACUACGGUUCGUGCCAGGAAGCCCCGGCCAUGUUGAGUGACGUUUACACGAUCAAACCGCCUGCGUCGAGUGUUUCCCCUUUCAAAGUGUACUGCGAACAGAGCUACCGGAAGGGUGGCUGGAUUGUGCUGAGCCGAAGGUUUGAUGGUUCGCUAAAUUUCACCCGCGACUGGGUGGACUAUCGCGACGGUUUUGGAACGGUCGAGGGCGAGUACUGGCUGGGGUUGGAAAAGAUGCACCGCAUCACCGGUUCCGACUACUUCCAGCUGUUGGUACAUCUUAAGGACUACGAAGGAACGAUCAAGACAGCCCUGUACGAUGAGUUCGAGAUCGGCAACGAAGCCAGCGGCUACCGAUUGCAUUUGGGUGCGUUUGUCGAUGGAAACGCUAAGGAUUCGCUGCGAAUCAGUGCUGGGAUGAUGUUUUCUACACCCGAUCGGGAUAAUGAUGAGCAUGCGGGAUCAUGCGCUGCCUACUACGCUAGUGGGUGGUGGUAUAGGAACUGUAUGAAUGCCAAUCUCAAUGGACUUUAUCAGCGUAACGAUCCGCAAAAUUUUACAAUGAACUGGUUCGGUUUUCGCGACGACCUUCAAGGUUUGAAGGAAGCAACUUUGAUGAUAAGGGAAGUGUCGUCCUAA